AUGGGUGAAGAUGAGGAUGGCAACAUUGACUACAGGGACUACGAUGCGGUACUUGACGGCAAGCAACUACCAGUACGCACGCUUUUCGAUGUACUCGGUUGGAUACUGUCUGUUACAGCCAAGCCGGAUGGUGGCAAGGCAACACAGAACAAUUUCUAUCUACCCUUGCUGGCCCUUUUUGGGAAGUGGUGCUGGGCGCUGCUGCCAGAUAAAACAUCUCAGCCUAACAUGAUACACAUCUCAUGGAUGGAAAAGCCCGAGGUCGAGGAAAAUGUGGUGAUAAUUGGCGCUACCCCAGGUGGCGAUGAGUGUUAUUGGAGCGGCGAGAAGGAGGUUUACCAUGAAAAAGAGCCUCAAACAGAAGAGUCGCGCAAAAAGCUCAAGUCAAUUCCCUCGAACGAGAAAAUCAACUGGUCAUAUGAAGGUCAUCGCGGUAAAGAUGUUGUAGGAUCGCGACAACAAAUGCUGCGAGAUCUCCGAGUUCCCGUACCGCCUGGCGAUGAGGAAAAUCUUGUUCAAGUUGGGAAAAAAGAUCCAGCACAUAAAAAUAAGUUAUUGACGCACGUCAACAGGGAUGGUGAACUCGUCGAUGACACCGACGAGACCGCUUAUACUGUGGGCUCUUCGGCUUAUGGUGUCUGCGCCGAGACCUUCUCCUACAUCUGGAUGGGCCAGCACAUGCGGGACCAUGAUAUACCACUCAUCAACGGCUUUGCUCUUGACACUACGAAGGUCGAUCUCGCAGAUAUGACGACAUUUGACCCGGCAAAACUGGAAAACGCGUUUCGAGAGCCGUGUCGAAAUUCCUGUCAGAAGAUCAUGCCACAUUUUAAAGGCAAGUUCCUCUUCAAGCUGGAAAGGAUGGAACCACUCAGCAAUGGAACACAGCCUGUCGAAAAGAAGGUCAAUAGCCGAAAGAAAGCGAAAGCGAAAGCGAAAGCGAAAAAGAGCGAAAAGGACAACGAUGAUGAGCAAUCGGGUGAUGGUCUGUAG